UGUUUGACAGGCGGACGCGGCAAUUUGUAAACAGAGUUAGCGGUUCGCUUUCAGACUUCGGUUUCGCCACUAGCAAAGUUUUAACUUGUGUAUUUGGUGUUUACGUUUUAUUCUCCGGGUGUUGUUUGAUUAUGAAUGCAGGUGGACAACUAGUGAGGAUUGUUUUAGCUCUUUUAAACAGUUUCCGGGAGCGUAGACCAUGUUUUUAGCUGUUAGCCGCAGCUAACAUGCUAGCAGCAGAAGCAGGGUUGCCCGGCGGAGCGGCUGCUUCAUGUGAGCGACACCAGGCAUGCUCAUAGCGAACCUACCGGGAAGAUCCUUGCUUCGACCGGGACUGCAGCGGCUCGGGGUCCACUGGAGGCGUCUCUGUGCGGAGCAGAGUGGCCGGAGUCCGGACACACGUCUGCAGGAAGACAUGAACCGGAGCCGGGGUCAGAUCAAGCGGGUCCUCUGCGUGGCCGAGAAGAACGAUGCAGCCAAGGGCAUCGCAGAGAUCAUGUCCGGCGGCGGAGCCCGGAGGAGGGAAGGAAUGUCAAAGUUUAAUAAAAUCUAUGAGUAUGAAUAUCAUCUCUUUGGUCAGAAUGUCUCGGUAUCAAUGACAUCAGUAUCUGGUCAUUUACUGGGUCUGGAGUUUAAAGCAGCGUUCAAGAAAUGGCACAGUUGUAAUCCCCAGCUGUUAUUUGAUGCUGAGGUAGAGAAGUACUGUCCGGAUAACAUGAUACAAAUCAAGCGGACUCUGGAGAAAGAGGUGAGGCAGUGCCAGGCCUUGGUCAUCUGGACUGAUUGUGACAGAGAGGGAGAAAAUAUUGGCUUUGAAGUCAUAGACGUCUGUAAAGCAGUUAAACACAAUUUGCAAGUCUUUCGGGCAAAGUUUUCUGAGAUCACCCCCAACUCCAUUCGGAGAGCUUGUGAAACUCUGACAGCGCCGGAUGCUAACGUCAGUGAUGCUGUUGAUGUGCGUCAGGAGCUCGACCUGCGGAUAGGUGCAUCCUUCACUCGAUUCCAGACCCUUCGCCUUCAGAAGAUCUUUCCAGAGUCGCUGGCCAAUCAGCUGAUCUCAUACGGCAGCUGUCAGUUUCCCACUCUGGGCUUUGUGGUGGAGCGUUUCAAAGCCAUCCAGGCGUUUAUACCGGAGACCUUCUACAAAAUCAAAGUGCUCCAUGAAGUUGAGGAGGACACUGUCGAGUUCAGCUGGAAAAGAAACCGUCUCUUCCACCACACAGCUUGCCUGGUGCUUUACCAGAUCUGCAUGGAGGAUCCCAUAGCAACAGUCACCUCAGUAACCAGCAAACCCAAGAGCAAGUGGAGACCGCUGCCUCUGGACACUGUGGAAAUGGAGAAACUGGCGUCUCGGAAGCUGAGGAUAAACGCCAAGGAGACCAUGAAAAUCGCAGAAAAACUCUAUACUCAAGGGUUUAUCAGCUACCCCCGCACUGAGACAAACAUUUUCCCUGCAACCCUGGAUCUAAGUCCCCUGGUGGGGCUGCAGACACAGAGCCAGGCCUGGGGGACGUUCGCCCAGCGGGUGCUCGACCAGCCCGGGGGUCCCAACCCGCGACAGGGCAAGAAAUCUGACCAAGCCCAUCCCCCCAUACACCCCACCAAGUUCACUCAUACCCUGCAGGGCAAUGAAGGACGUAUUUACGAGUUCAUUGUCCGUCACUUCCUUGCCUGCGUGUCCCAAGAUGCUCUGGGGCAGGAGACGGUGGUGGACAUAGACAUAGCCCAGGAGACGUUCUCCACCUCGGGACUCAUGAUCAUUGCAAGGAACUACCUGGAUGUUUACCCGUUUGACAGGUGGAGUGCCAAGGUGAUUCCAGUGUACGAGAACGGCUCCCAGUUCCAGCCCUCUGCGAUUGAGAUGGUGGACGGACAGACGAGUCCUCCGCAGCUGCUCACUGAAGCCGACCUCAUAUCACUGAUGGAGAAGCACGGCAUCGGCACAGACGCGACCCAUGCAGAUCACAUUGAGACGAUCAAGAGCCGCAUGUACGUGGGCUUGACAGCUGACCAGAGGUUUCUCCCUGGAGAGCUCGGCAUGGGGCUGGUGGAGGGAUACAACUCCAUGGGCUAUGAGAUGUCUAAACCCAACCUGCGUGCUGAGCUGGAGGCAGAUCUCAAGCUGGUGUCCGAGGGCAGGAAGGACAAACGGGGGGUGCUGCUGCAACACAUCCAGAAAUACAAAACCGUCUUCAUUGAGUCUGUCAGGAAGGCAAAGAAGUUAGAUGAAGCCCUGUCGCUGUAUCUGGGUGCAGCUCAGGAGAUCCCUGAAGAAGAGCAGCAGGACAUGGAGAUCCCGCUCCCUGUCAGGAAAUGUCCUCACUGUAGUCAGGACAUGGUGCUGAAAAAGAAGAGGGAGGGAAACGGUAAGUACCUGUCCUGCGUGGGUUUCCCUGCCUGUAAGACAGCAGUGUGGUUCCCUGACACAGUACUGGAGGUCAGCAGAGACGACAGCAUUUGUCCCACCUGUCAGCCACGCCCCGUUCACAUGUUGAGGUUUAAGUUCCGCAGGGGCAGCCUCCCUCCCAUGAUGCCUUUAGAAUUUGUUGGCUGCAUCGGGGGAUGUGAUGAGACGCUCAGAGAGGUGCUGGACUUGAAGUACCUCAGAGCAGGGGGAGGAGGAGGAGAUGGUGGAGGAGUGGGAGGUGCUGGGAGACGAGGAGGUGGAGGAGGUGGAGGAGGUGGAGGAAGAGGUGACCCUCGGCCACCAGCUCCACGGCCUCCAAGACCAGAUCCACCCAGACCCCCCCGUUCCAAUCCCCGACCUUCCCUUCCUCCUGUCCCCUCCUGGACCCCUCAGCCUCGCUCUCCACCAGGAGGGGGCGGUGGUGGAGACCCCAACAGCGACGCCAUUGUGUGCAACUGCGGUCAGGACGCACUUCUCCUCACUGUGCGUAAAGACGGCCCCAACCAAGGGCGUCAGUUCUACAAGUGCAACGCUGGGAGCUGCAACUUCUUCCUGUGGUCAGAUGAACCAAGUCAGCCGGAGGCAUCGCAGAGUCGAGGGCCCCCCCGACCCCUGCCCGCACCACACACCUCCCAGCCUCCGAGGCCCUCGCUGGGCUUCAAAAACACGUUUGGAGGAGGCCAAGGGCAGGAAGGGGGAUCUGGAGGACAAGUGGGACAGACCAUGUGCAACUGCAAUGAGACGGCGGUGACGCGUACGGUGCAGAAGGACGGUCCCAACAAGGGCCGGAUGUUCCACACCUGUGGGAAACCUAGAGAGCAACAGUGUGGCUUCUUCCAAUGGGCGGAUGAGAACGCACCUCCACCAGGUAACUUUGGUGGUGGAUUUAAUGGUGGAGGAGACCGUGAAGAUGGAGGGGGAAGAGGGAGGAAGAAAAUGGGAGCGGCCAACCCCAACAAACCUCCCGCUGCUAAGAAACCCCGGACCUGCGGCAUCUGCCACGUGCCGGGACACACCCGGGUCACCUGCCCUCAGCGGUGACCUCUGGGCCGGGGCAAAGACUGUGAAGCUGCUCUGGAGCUGAACGCACAUAUUGAAGUUUCUGACUCAACAGUGUGGAGUCAGGUUUUCCCUUCUUAAAUAUGCUGCGGGUUGUAAGUGCCUCUUCUCUGGGCUGGAACUCCCUUCCUGGGAUUCACACACUUUACCAAAAGUUGUUCUUAAUAACUGUUUCAAAAAGGAAAGAAGAAAAUCCAACAACUACGACUCUAAACAAAAUCAAAACUCGUUUUUCCUUGUCUGAUUUUUGCCACACGUUGAAAACCUGUAUUAAAAAGAGAGGAAUGUCAUAAAACGUAUCCCAGGUCAGUGGAAACAGGAACUUCUCUGUCUCAUCCCUUCUGUCAUGCCCUGCCAGUUACUACAAUCACUGCAGCCUGCCCCUAGGUGGCGAUGGAGACACUUUGGCUUCACUUUCGGGGAGCAGUCAUGUCUGAAGAUGAUAAACUCAGCAGCAUGGUACAGUCUCCUGCUGCCUGAGUUUGUCGCUGCAGUUUCCUGGAAGUGCUCAACAGAUAAUGAGAGAGUUGCUCAGCUGGUCUUGGAUCAGAUUAAUAACCCUGUCAGUCGUGUUCCCGGUCCUGAGUGAGAUCAGCAGGAGGAAGAGGAACCUUCCACUGAAGCAGUUCUGUCUUAAAUAAAAAGGUGUAUUUUAAAUAAAAACGUACUUGCACACAGUUUUUUAACAAUAAAUAAUACACAUUAUAAGUAGAUUUCUGGAUUCUGAAGGGUUGUUGGAGGAAACAUUGAAAUAUGUAAAUGUACGAGUGGGUGGAUUGAGGAACUGUCAGUAACACAAUCAUCAGUAUUUUUUUGAACGUUGAUGUUAAUAAACUUUCUCGUGCUGUAAACCUGAUAACAUCUCCACAGUCAUGACAGAGUUUGUUGCAACAAGUUUUGCUUUUGUUUCUUAUCUUUCGUCUUUUGUGUCGGUUCCACUGGUUUUGGUUUCAGUUUUAUCUUGAGACUUUGGUUGAACGUCUUUGUUGCUGCUGUUCACAAUAAACAUAACGAGGAAGAAGGAAACCUU